UGGAAGACUCAUGUGCCUUAAAAUUGUACAAAAUCUCGUGAAAAUCACCCACAUAACUCAAACCUCUAUCAUUUCAAUCUAAGUCAUCAGCAUAAUGGACAUUUCACUGUCUGACGUUGCCUAUUUGCUCACCUUACCCGCUGGAGCCCUAUCACUCGAUCGCAAAGUCAUUUACUUCAUUGUCGACGAGGAUGGGGAGCUGACUGAGAAGCACUGGAACGGCAAAGAAUACGAGGACAACGUGUUUAUCUCGUCUGAUCUCAGAGCCUCCCCGUCCGCGAAGUACCUGAUCAACCAGAAUACUCGUCGUGUAUUUUUCCCCAGCAGAGACAACGCGCUUAAGUAUGCUGAAUACGACGAGGACGAGGAGGAAUGGACCGAGACUUUCGUCGAUCGCGAUGGCCCUAUCCAACUACACCCGGAUACCAAGAUCAGCGGCUGUUUCGAUGACUUAAAGGGCCAGAUCAUCUUUUUUCAAGACCCAUCGGGUACGUUGCAAUGUAUCCGUAUGGCCGAGAAUAACGAAUGCACUCCUCUUCCUCCCCUCCCAAAAAUCAACCAAUCCGGCAAGAUUAUCCACACGGCCUACACAACAGAUGAUGGUGUCAUUCAUGUCCUCUACAUCGAUGACGCUGGUCACAUCCAUGUUGUCAAAUUGGCCACGCCAGAGAGCCAAUGGCAGGACAUAAUCCUCGAGACCGCCAAUUUCGGAAGCUCGCAAAUCACCAACCUUACAAUUACCUCGACCAAUGAGGCAGAACGAGGCUUUUUGGCGGUCGUUUCAGGAACAACUAUCGUUUAUAUCGAUCCGCAGGGCGAGCUGAUGGAGGUUGGCGCAAUUGAUAAUAAACGCUUUGAUCCGUCGUCGAGUGAGGAGUGUGCGAAUGAGCUUUAUCGGCUAGGCGAAAAAAUUGUCGGGGCUUUGGGAGGUGGAAAGAAAUGAUCUGGUUGUUCGUGCCGGGAGAUAUAUAUUGAGGGGAACUGGAUGGUAGACUGGGUUGCGUUUGUCUAUAUAGAGAGAAUUCAUGGUAUAUAUCCACUGUAAUAAAAUAUCUGCACU